ACCGACCGGUAAUAAUAAUAAUAAUAAUAAAUAGUAGUAGUGCGGCAGUUCUGGUGCGGCCGAACCGGAGGAUAAGCAAGAGUGUCGGUGUGUGUGCGUGGCCGGAAAUGUACGUCGGACGUUGAACGAUGGCCGGUAACGUCGCGUUGAUGCUGACGGUCGUGGUCCAGCUGGCGACCUGGGCGCAAUCGUUCGCCGAACCGGCCGACCAAAGGACCACGUCCCUGACCUCGAGGACCGUCCGCACGAAAUACGGGGACGUGAGCGGUCUGAUUGUGACGCUGGACAAACGACUGCAACCUGUGGAGGUGUUCAGGGGCAUACCGUACGCCAGCCCGCCCCUGGGCAGUCUGCGGUUCAUGCCGCCGGUCACCGGGGCCCUGUGGUCCGGCGUGAAGAUCGCCGACAAGUUUAGUCCGGUGUGCCCGCAGCGGUUGCCGGACAUCGGCAACGAGACGGCCGCCCUGAAGAAGAUGCCCAGGGGGCGGCUGGAGUAUUUGAAGAGGCUGUUGCCCUAUUUGAAGGACCAGAGCGAGGACUGUCUCUAUUUGAACAUCUACGCGCCCGCACAAGCAGGAACGAGAGAGGGUCAGAGUGCCGCAUCCAGAUACCCGGUCAUUGUGUUCAUACACGGCGAGAGCUACGAAUGGAAUUCCGGCAACCCCUACGACGGCACCGUCCUGGCCAGCUACGGAGGCGUCGUCGUCGUCACCGUCAACUAUCGCCUCGGCAUCUUGGGAUUCCUGAACGCCAACACAGAUCCGUACUCGAGGAGUCCGGCCAACUACGGGCUCAUGGACCAGAUCGCCGCGCUGCACUGGAUACAGGAGAACAUCGCCGUUUUCGGCGGUGAUCCGACGAAUGUCACUGUCGUCGGCCACGGCACCGGGGCGGCCUGCGUUAAUUUUCUUCUCACUUCGAGUGCCGUUCCAGAAGGUGUCCUGUUUCAUCGUGCGAUCUUGAUGUCGGGCUCGGCCCUGUCGCCUUGGGCCCUGGUCCAGGAGCCGUCCCGUUACGCCGCCCAGGUGGCGGUGCACGCCAACUGCUCGCCCGAGCUGCCCCAUCCCCAUCUGCUCAAGUGCCUGCGGGACCGGCCCCUCGAAACCCUCAUGUCCACGCCGCUGAUCGCGCCCGACUUCGCCUUCGCCUUCGGGCCCAGCGUCGACGGCGUCGUCAUCGACACGGGCGAACCACCGGGUGACAAUUCACAGUACAAUGAAUUCGACAACACGAAAACUGCCAAGAUCGAGCCCCAAAACACGAUAAACAUCUUAAACAAUGUCCUGCUCCGUAAAUCGGUCAUUUCCAAACUCUCCCGCUACGAUCUAUUGUUGGGAGUUGUGAAGGCCGAAGCCUAUUUCGCCUUCAACGGCGAAGACGUACAAUACGGAAUCGAGGCCGAUCGUAGAUCGAAAAUCUUGCGGACGUUUGUACGCAACACCUACAGCUAUCACUUGAGCGAAAUCCUGGCCACCAUCAUCAACGAGUACACGGACUGGGAGAGGCCGGUGCAGCAUCCCAUAAACAUCAGGGACGAGACGCUGGAGGCGCUGUCUGACGCCCAGUACGUCGCUCCGGUCGUGCACACCGCUGAUCUACACUCGGCCGAGCACAGGAACUCAUAUUUAUACGUCUUCGAUUACCAGACCAAGUCCGGGGACUACCCACAAAGGCAAGGAUGCAUCCACGGCGAAGAGCUACCCUUCUUGUUCGGCGCUCCUUUGGUCGGCGGAUUCAUGCACUACGAGAGGAACUACACGAAAUCCGACGCGAUGCUGUCCGAAACCACCAUGAUCUACUGGAGCAACUUCGCCAGAACUGGUAAUCCCAACGAACCUCUAGAAGGAAGGCAAGAGAGAAGCAAAGUCAAGAACGUCGACUGGAUUGCUUACGAAGCUGUGCACAAAAAAUACCUCAAUUUAGACAUGAAACCAAAAAUGAAGACCCACUACAGAGCCCACCGUCUCUCCUUCUGGCUGAACCUGGUGCCCGAUCUGCACAAACCGGGCGGCGACGACGUGCCGAUGUCGCACCACGAGCUCCCCGACGACGAUCCGCCCCUGCCCAAGCUGCCGUCGCUGAACCCCCGCAAAAUGCCGACGACGGAAGUACCGCACGAGCUACGCACCACCGCCAACAACUCGAACCACUCCGUGGGCGCCACGCCCUCGCCGCAGGACUCCACGGAACGGGUGGAGGAACUGGGCGGCAUCAGUACCACGAACCAUCCGGUGGAGGACGGUUUCGCGGCCUAUUCGACGGCGUUGAGCGUCACGAUCGCGAUCGGGUGCUCCCUGCUGAUACUCAACGUGCUCAUAUUCGCCGGCGUCUACUAUCAGAGGGACAAGACGCGGAUGAACGAGAACGGUGACCCGACCAAGAAGAGGAACGAGAACGGACAGAUGCCCAACAACAUCUGCGGAGAUUUAGAAUCGAGUAUAAUAGGAGUGAAGGGUGACCCGGCUACAAUUCUGGGCCAUCAUCACAGCCAUCACCAGCUGCCGCCGCCCGAGUUCGCGGACAUGCCGCAGAACAACGCGACGUUGCCCAGGCCACCGCCACCGCCCAAGAUAUCGAAGGCGAACGUGAACACGCUGACCAGCGGCAAGAUGCCGGAGAAUCAGCCGUUGCUCUCGUCGCACAGCAUCCAGCUGAUCAACACGGGCACGUUGACGAAGAAGAACACCCACUUGAACUCGAAGCAGAACGCGAUGGAGGAGCUGAGGGUGUGACGAAAUUGAGUUUAGUGCGCGUUCUUCAUGCUCAGACUCCCGGUUUUCCGUUCUAAUUGGACGUUGGUUUUUCCUAGACGAAGUCACGGUUAUUUGUAUUAGAGGUGAUCUAGACAUCCACUCGUUGUUUUUGGACCACGGAUUUAUAUAUCGCGUUUAGAACACGAACGUUGUACUGUUUAGUUUAUGGUAAAAAAUUUGUAAAGGACUACGGGAACGGCCCAAUCAUCUCUACUGAAACUAGCGGCGUUCCCCAUUCGAAAACACUUUAUGGGUCAAUCACUGAAAGUAUUUUUUUGGUGAAAAUUUGAGGGCAAAAUUUCAUUUAAUCAUUCUUUAAUUUGUUUCAGUAAAAUUUAUAAUAUCAAGUUAUUAACAGCUACAUAAACAUCAUAUCAUUAUAUUUGUUUUUUGACAUGAAAAACAUUUGUUUGUUAAGAUUGCCUUCAAGUUUUCCCACGUUUUCCAUCGAAAAGGGUGACUGACCUGCGUACUAAAUGUUUAUACCUACUAAACUGUGAAUAUUAGAUAAGCACUACAGCGUUGUGAUUUCCAAACUGUCCAUACUUAAAAAGACCAAAUAUUUUUUCGUUUAGUAAAUUACAUGCGCUGUAGAUAUGGUAAAUGCAACUGUGGAUUUUUUUAAUGCGUGACGGAUUUUGGCUUCUUGUGCCUGAAGUUUUGAUUAGAUUCAUUCAAUUAAACCAAUAUUUGAUUGAAUACCAUUGAAACAAUUUCUUUCCCGUGCUGUAAUUCUUCCAUUAUUCCAAAUUACUUAAGUGUAAUUAAAUAUCUCGGACGACUAGAAUCCAAUUUCGUAUUUAAAUGAGCUCCGACUGUCUACUUAGUCUGGAAUUUAUCGAUUGUGAUUGUCUACCAAGAAGUCAAAAGGAGAAACGGGACACAUUUACAUAAUAAACCCCCCUUUUUAAAAAGUACCGAAAAUGAUCGAUCAAACGUCAUAAACAGAAACAAAUUGUUCCAUCCAGUAAAAACCAAGCACAAGAACUCAACUGACGGGUCGCAAUCGAAGGACAUCACUGAAAAACUAACUUAAGCGUGCAUGAUCGUGGGUGGGUUGCGAGAGCAGUUCCAAAAACGCGUCGUAACGAGUUACAGUAAUUGUGUUUAAUUUUAGCGAAGCCCAAUUUCGAGGGUCCCGUAAAUCGGUGUCGGAACGACGCCCCCCGGUGCAAUUACCCCCAGGAAUCGAUAUAAAUCGCGGUUUUAAAUUGGGGCCGGCUGAUGAAAAUAAAUUUUUGGCGGACGGUACGACCCCGUAAUUCACGGUUCAUCACCGAACGAAUGUCGAUAUUAAAAUAAAAUUUCAUCGUUUGUACUUAGCGAAAAAGCAAAACCUGCGUAAAAAAGAAACGAUUUAUGUGGCGAAAAGAAUAAAUUGCACCUAAUGAAAGUCGAAUGACCUAAGGACUAAUAUUUGGGGAGCGGUGUUUAAUUUAGUUGAACACGGUGUUUGCUUUGAUCAGCAGAAAUUUCUCUCGGGUGCCGGGAAUUAAAUUGUAUAAACACGUGUUAGCUCUAACCAUCUUUUAUUUGCCGAAACUGAUUUCGUGCCCCGAACUGCGGAUGUUUCACCGGGUGAUGUCGACGUUCAUGAUUGUAAAUACCGCACAUUCGUAAAUUAGAACUCUCAUCGCCAUUUGAGAUAUUUUUGUACAAAAAAGAAAUUAGAAACCGCUCUUUGGAUGUCGCUCUCGCAAUCUGUUUGUUAUAUGGAAUUGAACGAAUGUUGUGUAAAUACACUAGAAUAAAAAAAAUGUUAAAUAAAUUAUUUAAAAACGA